CUGGGAGCGCCGGGGCGGGACGGGGCCGAGCCGGGAUACGGAGUGCGGCCGGGAGACGCAACCGAGGCGGCGGUCCCGCCGGUGAUGCACACUCCUCAGGGGCUGCCGGCCCGCUGAGGUCGGUGCGAGGAGCGCUGGCGGCGGCGCCGCGGCCAUGCCGUGCACCUGCGGGAACUGGCGGCGAUGGAUCCGGCCGCUCGUGGUGCUGCUCUACAUCGUGGGGCUGCUGGUGGUGGUGCCGCUCUGCGUGUGGGAGCUGCAGAAGCUGGAGGUUGGAAUUCAUACCAAGGCAUGGUUUAUCGCUGGGAUAUUUCUGCUAAUGACUAUACCAAUAUCUCUCUGGGGGAUACUACAACACUUAGUCCAUUAUACUCAACCUGAAUUACAGAAACCAAUAAUAAGGAUUCUGUGGAUGGUGCCGAUUUACAGUUUAGACAGUUGGAUAGCUUUGAAAUACCCCAAGAUUGCAAUAUAUGUGGAUACAUGUCGAGAAUGCUAUGAAGCUUAUGUCAUCUAUAACUUUAUGGUUUUUCUUUCAAAUUACCUAACCAACCGGUACCCAAACCUCGUGUUAAUAAUAGAAGCAAAAGAUCAGCAGAGGCAUCUGCCCCCUCUCUGUUGCUGUCCGUCGUGGGCUAUGGGAGAAGUUUUAUUAUUUAGAUGUAAACUGGGUGUUUUGCAGUACACUGUUGUCAGACCAUUUACUACCAUUAUUGCUUUAAUUUGUGAACUAGUGGGAGUGUAUGAUGAAGGAAACUUCAGCUUCAACAAUGCAUGGACUUACCUGGUUAUACUUAACAACAUGUCACAACUAUUUGCCAUGUAUUGUCUGGUGCUGUUUUAUAAAGUUCUGCGUGAGGAACUGAAUCCUAUCCAGCCUGUUGGCAAGUUCCUUUGUGUGAAGAUGGUAGUUUUUGUUUCUUUCUGGCAGGCUGUGCUCAUUGCAUUGCUGGUGAAAGUUGGUGUUAUUUCUGAGAAACACACCUGGGAUUGGCAGAGUGUGGAAGCUGUGGCUACAGGUUUACAGGAUUUUAUCAUUUGUGUGGAGAUGUUUCUGGCUGCUAUUGCACAUCACUACAGUUUUUCCUAUAAACCCUAUGUUCAAGAAGCUGAAGAAGGCUCAUGCUUUGACUCCUUCCUUGCAAUGUGGGAUAUUUCUGAUCUAAGGGCAGAUAUCUCCGAACAGGUUCGAAAUGUGGGGAGGACAGUUUUGGGCCAGCCAAGGAAAAUGUUUUUUGCUGAGGAUCAUGAACAAAAUGAGCAUACAAGUUUACUGUCUUCAUCUACUCAAGACCCAAUUUCUGAUGCUUCUUCAAUGCCAUCUUCACCCAUGGGUCACUAUCAGGGGUUUGGACACACUGUGACUCCUCUCACAACACCGACGACAGCCCCUGCAGUUGAUGGGAUUUUUAACCCUUCUGCCAGUCAGGAUGCUGAGGAAUCACCUGAACUAGAGAACAACUUGGCAGAGAAAGCUUUGGAUAAAAGUUAAACUCACCUUUUCUUUGAAUGUGUCAAGAAGUCGUUACAUACUUGCCACAUGUGUCCUGUUAACAUGUGCUGUUAAGGAUGAAAGUUGAAAAGCUUGGGAAAGGUGCUGCGUGGACAUGAGGAGGAUAUGGUAUGGCUGUAACUGUCAUCUGAAUCCAGAAUCUGUAAGGAUGUGAACAUCUGCAAGUACCCCAUGGAUAUGAAACACGCACACUGUAAAGGUUUCUGCAUAACUUUAAGCAUCAUCUCCUUAAACUGCUAAAUGCUUCCACAUCAUAUCAAAAUUUCACUGAAUUUCAUUAGUGCAAAAGAAACAUUUGAGAAAAAUCCUCUGCUCAUAUAAAAAUGAAGUGCAAGUACUACUAGCAAUGGGAAAGCCUAAUUUAAAGAAUGUAAUUUAAGGAUAGCAGUAGCAAAAACUGUUUGUGUUAAUUUUGCUUGUCUUAAUGAUGGUUAACUUCCAUACCCAAUGCUGAAUGGAGUGUGGGUGAAAUGAUAGCUUCUGUACAGAUGCCACCUUCUUCCCAUUCCUACAUAGCUAAAUAAAGUCCCUUCAUGAAGAUAGUUACUAGUGAGCAUUAGUAAAGAACCUCUACAAAGAGAACAUUCCCUGCAGGCCUUGCUAUCAAAGCCUAUGCACAGAUAAUAGGGUUGGUGUGUCUGUUGUCCUUGAGGCUCAUAGUUUGUAAGUCUUUUGUAUCCAGAAGAGACAGCCAGGAUGGUUUUGGAUUAAUACUUUACCAUGACUAUUCUUUUCCCUAUCCUUCUAAAAUACAAGUAAUGGUUACUACCUUAAAAUACAUGGAAGGGGAACGAAGGAUAUUGAAAAGGAAGUAGAAAAACUGAUUUCUUUAUUUUGGGCUGCAAUAAGUUCUUUAACACUUAAGUUUUUAUUUAAGCUGUUAAAGCAGGCUAUCUUGUGUCUGUAGUAAUUUGUGUUCUUAAAUUUGUGUCUGUGUGUGAUUGUAUUAUGCUUCUACUAUAGCCUGGAUUCAAAUGUAAUAGCUGUUUUUCCCCCCCCCCAAGAAAGACCUCUGCUGAGGUAAAACUAUGUAGCUAGUCUUAAUACUGGAAUUACUAGGGCUAGAUUUCAGCCCAAGAAGCAGUACACUUGUAUCAAAAUGUUACUUUGCAAAAACUGACAAUGUCAGAGAGGAAUUGUUUUUAUCCCAUUAUCAGAUUUUUACUAUUAUUGCAUGUUUUCAAUCUGACAAAAACAACCAAACCAGUAGAGCACUACUUUUUAAAUGGCAAGAUCUUAAGUUUCUUUUUCAGCAUUGUUAGCAUUUCCAGGAUAAAUGUUUAACUUCUGGCUGUCAGUAAAUUCAUCUUAAGUGCUUUUUUUGCAGUACUAGUGUGAUGUAAAUAUUGCGCCUUACUCACUAGGCUGCAUAUUUUAUAGCUGAGUAUGUACUUGCUGUAUCUGAAGUUAGUGAGAAAGUGAAAAUCAUGAUUUUCAAUUUGCCAACUCAUUGCCUUUGUUGUAAAUAAGCAAUUAAAGAUUUUAUUUAAACUGUUCA